CUGGAGGAUGUUGGAGCGGCGGCAGCAGCAUAAGGACCACAAGCCUGAGUGGGAUGGAGACACUGAGUGAGAUGUAAAUGGAGGACCAGCAGUGUCAAGAAGAGAAACUGGACCUCCAUACAAUAUUGAAGCCCUUUGCAUUAAGACGCAAGCAGCAUCACUUCUCUCUAAAGUAAUCCAUUACUCACAAUUAAUGUCAAACUGCACGCUGGAGCAGCUUAAGGCUGCCUCGCUGGGUGAACCUUGGCUAAUAGAAAGAAAGCCUUAUAAGAUCCAAAUUGUCAAAACACACCUCAAUGCAGCAUAAUGCCUUCAAAGGUGUCAUGUUUAUACCUGCUGACAGUGGUUUGCUGGGCGAGUGCUCUGUGGUACCUGAGUAUAUCUCGCCCGACAUCCACAUACGUCGGCCACAUGUCCCUGUCCAUACGGAAGAAUGUGAAACCGCCCAAAAACAUCACCUUCAACAACAUCCGCACCCGCCCCCUCAACCCACACACCUUUGAGUUUGUCAUCAACGAGCCCAAAAAGUGCGAAAGCGACGCUCCCUUCCUGGUCAUCCUCAUCAGCACCACGCACAAGGAGUUUGAUGCGCGGCAGGCCAUCCGGGAGACAUGGGGCGACGAGAGCACCUUCGGCGACAUCCGCAUCCUCACCAUCUUCCUGCUGGGGAGGAACACGGACUCCGUCCUGAACCAGAUGGUGGAGCAGGAGAGUCAGAUCUUUCACGACAUUGUGGUGGAGAACUUUAUCGAUUCGUACCACAACCUCACUCUAAAGACCAUGAUGGGUAUGCGCUGGGUGGCUACCUUUUGCCCCAAGGCGCAGUACAUCAUGAAGACAGACAGCGACAUCUUCGUCAACAUGGACAAUCUGAUUUACAAGCUCCUGAAGCCCACCACCAAGCCGAGGAGAAGGUAUUUCACUGGCUACGUGAUAAAUGGCGGGCCCAUCAGGGAUAUGCGCAGUAAGUGGUACAUGCCCAGAGACUUGUACCCUGAGAAUAAAUACCCUCCUUUCUGCUCGGGCACUGGCUACGUGUUCUCAGCAGAUGUGGCCGAGCUAAUCUACAAGACUUCACUCCACACGAGACUGUUGCACCUUGAGGAUGUGUACGUGGGACUGUGCUUGCGUAAGCUGGGUAUUCACCCUUAUCAGAACAGUGGUUUCAAUCACUGGAAAAUGGCCUACAGUCUGUGCAGGUACAGACGGGUUAUCACCGUCCACCAGAUCUCCCCGGAGGAGAUGCACCGCAUUUGGAAUGACAUGUCCAGCAAGAAGCACCUGAGAUGUUAGCGGACAUGAGGACCACUGAACAAUUUUUUUUUUCUGCCUUUUGUUCCUUUUCAAACCUCAUCAGUCGUACGCUGAUCAAUGUAAACCAUGGAGGGCUGCUGCAAGUCUGUAUUUCAUGAUAGGUGUUCUCAUGAAUCCGUCCGUCUCUGCUGAUUUCACCUCACGAUUGUGAAUGAAUGCAUGGGGCUUGUAAAGCGCAUAUUCUCACGUACAGUUAAAAUGUGUUGUUGUUGUAGUAUUUUUUUUUAUGUUUUGGAGGUGCAAUUUAACCAAACUAUUAUUUACAAGCAUUAAGUCAAUCAGCGUUAUGCAUUGAAAUGCGGCCUGAUGGGGGCGCCCUCGGUUCACGUUCUGACACUAGCCGCGUCUCAAUUCAGGGGCUGCAUCCUUCGGAGGCUGCUUUUAAGACUGAUCACAGCGGUGAGACUAGAUUGGCUGGAUCACUUAUUGACAUGUCUAGAAUGUUAACAAACUAAUAGCUGGUUUUGGUUUACCGGUCUUUAAGUGUCCUUGAGCAAGACAUUAAAUCUGUACCAGCUCCAUGACUGCUGACUCAGCACCUCAAUAUUCCUGCAGGGUGCAAGCUAAAAGAGGAUUUCUUUGCAGGAAACAAUACAAUUUACUAUAUUGCAUCUAUAAUAUGACACAAAAAAGUUAGUAUUAUGUACUAUUUUAAGUUGGAUGAAUGUUAAUUUGGGAUUUUUGUUGGAAAAGAUGUGUCGCCCCGUUUUUGCACUUUUCCUAUGAAUGAAGUCAAACAUAGUGCUGAAUAUUUUCUGCAGUUUAUUGACCUCCAGACAGAACCAGCUGAUAAUUUAUCAUUUUCAAUCAAUAUUUUCCCCAGUAUUGAAAGCACAUAGCUGAAAUAACGGGAUGCUAUUCUUUUGAAUUUGCCUGAUGUUGUGACAUGUUUAUGUCAUCAUCUCACUGCCUCUUCUCUCUGAGAAACUCAGAUGUAUUUUUUCCUCUUUUAUGUUUUUUUUAAGAUGCAUUUUGUUGUUUUCUGACUCGAGGUAAUCGUGUCUCUCAGCCUCCAGCUCCUCAUAAGUCCGGCUGCUACUCUCAGUAAUGUGCGCUUUAAUAUGUCUGCAGCUAUUUCAACUCCUCGACUCCUCCAUGCAUCAAGAGAAACGCAGUGUCACGUCCUACAAGAAUGAGUUAAACAGUAGCUAAGACUGGAUGUAUUAUCAUAUGUAUCUGGCGUGUCACUGAUUACUGAA